CCCGAGCGCUGUGGCGAGUCCCGAGAGCGAGCAGGCGCGCGCGCGCAUCUGUCUGUGUGAAAUAAACUUUAUUUUUCUUUAUUUUUCAAACUUCGUGUAUAUUCUUCUCAGAAAAGAAUUAUCCGACAUUGUUAAGGGAUUAUUAAAAACACGAGAAGGGUUGAGUUUCAGCUCUGUGUGAGUUUGAGCCAGCUGAGAGGAGUUCACUGCGCUAAUGGCAGCAGCAGCAGCCAGCUCCUAAUCGCCUUCUACACCGCUGAAGGACUCACUUCUGACUGAAAACUAUGAGGAAAUGUCAGCUAACCCUGGACCCGGUGCAGGAGUGGGGGGAGGAGGUGGAGGACGGCGUGGUGUACGGUGUGACCCUGCACAGGGAGCCGGCGUGCCCCUCCCCCUCGGUGGGCGUGGCCUGUGUGCAGUACCGCACGCUGAAGGUGCGCAGACUGAAGGCCGCGACGCUGGAGCACCUCAUCACCGAGCUGCUGAAGCCCCAGUGUGACGAACCCGACUACGCCCGAGUCUUCCUCUCCACCUACAGAGCCUUCACCUGCACACACACUCUCAUCAACACGCUGUUUCAGAGGGAAGACAAAAUCAUCAACUUGGACAACAGCGUAUGUGUGAGGAGUUCUCUCCCGGCGUUGGUGAAGUUGUGGUUGGAGGAGUUUGCUGAGGACCUGAGAGACCCUCCUCAUCAUCCCUUGCUCCGUCUGCUCUCCCUCCAUCUGCGCCAUCGCCUGUGUUUCAGACGCCUCGCUCGGCACGCCGACACACUCUUACACACCUUUCAGGAGGAAGACAGGCGUGCUGAGAACAGUUCAGAGGUCGCUGAUGUUUCUGGAGAAGAAACAGGAAGUGUCCUGGGUGUCUCCGCCCGGGACAUCGCCGAGGAGCUCACCAGAUUGGACGCUGCCCUGUUUGUGCGCGUGGUUCCGUUCCACUGUCUCGGCUGUGUUUGGUCUCAGAGGGAUAAGAAGGAGAACCGGAGCUUAGCGCCCAGCGUGAGAGCCACCAUCGCCCAGUUCAACUCCGUCACUAACUGGGUCAUCAGCUCGCUGCUGUGCCCGCCCACAACCCCAAACUCCGCCCCCAACUCCGCCCCCAACUCACCACAGUCAUCCAGAUCACUCAGACUACACCCCUCCUGCCAGCACACAAGCCCCGCCCACCGUGCUAGCAUCAUCGAGAAGUGGAUCUCAGUGGCUCAGGAGUGCCAUCAGCUGAGGAACUUCUCGUCUCUGCGUGCGAUCCUGUCUGCUCUACAGUCCAACGCUGUGUAUCGCCUCAAAAAAACCUGGGCUGCAGUCAGCAAAGAGAGUCUGGCCACCUUUGAUCAGCUGUGUGAGAGCUUCCCUGAUGAAAACUGUGUUCUGGCCAACAGAGAGAUCCUGGAGGACAAUAAUGAGCACACAGAGGAGAGCCCCUCUACAGCACUCAGAUCUCCUAAACUCAGUUCCACCUCCAAACACACGAGCUACAGUGGGGGAGAGGUGCCGUACCUGGGGACGUACCUGACCAUCCUGACCAUGUUGGACACAGCUCUACCUGACACACUGGAGGGCGGACUAAUCAACUUUGAGAAACGAAGAAGAGAGUUUGAGGUUCUGUUUCACAUCCGGCAGUUGCAGGUGUCGUGCUCUCUCUAUUCUCUCCCGUCUCACCCCUGUGUCUCCUCUUGGCUCAACAGCUGCUCACCCCUGUCUGACCAGCAGAGUUAUGAUCUGUCCAGACAGCUGGAGCCUCCGGUGGAUUCAUGUCCCGGGUCACCGAGCUGGAGCCAUCGACUCAUCAGCAAGAAACUUGGCUUGUUGUUGAGCAGCAGUGACAGCUCUAAGAAGAAAACACACUCGGACCAGAUGAGUGUUUCCUCGUCAGGCUCCAGCAGCUCAGAGAUGGACGACUUCUCCUUUCCACUCCGCCCCAAAUCACAGUCUGGAUCGUGCCUGAACAUCUCAGCAGACUCGUGUCCUGAUCCACGCUGCACCUCUCCUGCUCCCUCCUCCUCUCAGUCUGAUAUCUCCAGUCUGAGCUCUGAUGGUGCGUCUCCAUCUUCAUCAUCAUCAUCAUCUUCAUCCUCCUCCUCCUCCUCCUCCCAGGCUGUGUAUAAUAAACAGAGUGACAGCUGCAUCAUCAGAGUCAGCAUGGAGCUGCACAGCGGCAACGUCUACAAGAGCAUCCUGAUAAGCAGUCAGGAUAAGACGAGUCAGGUGAUACAGAGAGCUCUGGAGAAACACAACGUGGAGAAUAUGAGCUGCAACGACUUCACACUCAUACAGAUCCUGCUCUGUGAUAGAGAGCUGUUGAUUCCGGAUAAAGCGAAUGUGUUCUACGCGAUGUGUCCCUCAGAGAGUUACGACUUUGUUCUGCGUGAGCGCUGGAGGAGUCACAGCCUGGGCUCGAGUCCCGCUGUCCUGCGCAGAGCUCACAACAAGUAACCAUGUGACCUGGAGGACUCGCUGCUUCACACUGUGUGUGUGUGUGUGUGUGUGAGUGUGUGUGUGUGUGUGAGAGAGAGUGUGUGUGUGUGUGAGAGAGAGAGAGACUCGUUAAUGUAUUCUCUUGUGUUUUAAUAUUAUAAACUCACCAAGUUUUAUUGGUGUGUGUGUGUGUGUGAGAUGGAGCCGCGUGUGUAGAUAAUAAUCGCGAUAAUCAGACUAAACAUUUUAUUCUGUUUUAUGAGAUUUUAUAUAUAUAAUGUUUUAAAGCUAUAGACUUUGAGUGUUAUGUUUAUACACACUGUACUGUAGAACUGAUUAUCAGCAGGUGUGUGUUAGUGCAUUAAUGUGUACAGGACAGAUAUUUAUAUAUAAUAAUAAUAAUAAUAACUAUUAUUAUUAUUAUCAUAUGGAUGUUAAGGUUCGAGUGUUUUAACUAGCAGGAUUUUAUUUAUUUAUUCUGAUGUCCGUUACAGCGCACUGAUUCAGAUUUAUUCUCCUUCAGUUCGUCAGGUUUUACGGGAAUCUGCAACUUUUUUCCUUUUAAUGCACAAAAUCACCUAAAGUGAAUUAAUCCGGCUUUAAUCCCAGCGUCUUUCCGUCUUAAUGCAUUCCCCUCUGUGUGGAAAAUUAUUAUAAAUAAAUUAAUAAAUGCUUUUCCCCCCCCCUUUUUUUUUGUGACGCAGGCAGAAGUGUUCUGUAAAGUUUGAAACUUUUUCAUGAAAUGUUUAAAGAACACAACGCUGCAGCUGGUUUAUUAAACACACUGUAAUAUUUCAUUAUUCACUGAAAAACAAAACAAACUGCUCUCAUCACGUUUAAUGCUUUUUUUUUCUCUCAGUGUUUGUUUUUAUGCAGAUUAUUUCCUGGAGUGUGUUUUUUAUUCGCUGCAGUAACGAUGUUGUGUUAAUUGUGAUGAUUAUCAGUGCAUGUCUAAAUAACGGACAGUGUAUAGUACAGAUAUUUAUAUAUGAAUGAUUGAUCCUGUACAGUAAUAAUUAUAAUACAGAGCUAAUAUAAAGAUGUUAAUUAAGGUGUGUGUGUGUGUGUGUGUGUGCUCUGCAGUGCUGUUCUCAUAAAUGGUUUGUUUUCAAAACUUGGAACAGUUUUAACUGAAAUAAUUCUGAUCAAUAAAUGCUUUCUAGUUCAUUACAAAAAGUG